AUGGCCGAGGGUCUGACUGCUGUAGAGGCUUUCUUUAUAGCAAUUAUAACUCUAGUUUUAGUUUUCUCCAUAGUCAGUAAUAUUACUGUCAUCAUUAUAAUGAUCAAAACACCGAAAUUAAGAAACAUCACAAACUUGUUUAUUUGUAAUCUAUCAAUUAGUGAUAUUCUACUGGCAGGCGUCGUCCUGCCACAAAAUCUACACGACCUAUCUCAUACAGAAGAUUAUUUUGAAGGUGAUUUCCUCUGUCGCUUCGUUAAUGUCACACCAAUUUUACUGAUUACUGGUUCAAUAUACACACUGGUAGCUAUAGCAUUUGAACGACGAGGAGCUUUAGUUCUGAAUUUAGAGCCACCCAAACCAAUUCCAGUUAUAUUGAAGAGCGUGCCUGCUAUUUGGAUUAUGUCGUUUGUUAUCUGCAUACCAACGAUAUUUGAAUAUAAAGAAUACACGUUUUUGGACGGCAAUGUGACACGAUACAGCUGUGGACGACUUGAUGAACAUUUUCCUCUAGUUUAUUCUAUAUCCAAUGGCUUUAUGAUACUUAUUGUAUCGUAUGUAAUACCUCUUAUAUUGCUCAUGUAUAACUACAGCCAGAUAUUUCGCUAUUUCUGGAAAAGUAAAGAAGAGAUGAAACACGAAGUUGAAUCUGCGAGGAAUAAAUCACAAAGGAAACAUCGAUUGCAGGUUAUUAAGAUGCUAAUUCUAGUGGCAGCUUUCUUUGUAGUAGCUUGGUUACCUUACUUUAUCAUUCUUAUAAUAGCAAAAAUUUCCGGAAAGGAUGAUUCUGAAGCCUACAGCGGUCCAAUUAAUGUUCUAAGGAUUAUUUUGGCUGCCUUCAGUACUGCAUAUAAUGUUAUUCUUUACGCUAUUUAUAAUCGUAACUUCCGUGAGGCGUUUAUGUCAACAUUCAAACGUUUUCGGAAGUCACAUGUUUCGCCUCUUGAAAGCACAAUCACGCAGAAAGAUCGUUCUCGUCAAGCUAAUUCAUUCGUAGAUAAACAGACAUUAAACACGUACAAUUCCAAACAAGAACCCUCUUGUUCAUCUGAAGCUAAGAAACUAGAUACAGAGUCAGCAAAUGAUGUUGAAAUUACACCAAGUAAUGACAAAUUAUUUCUUAGUCCGUCGAAAGUAGCAGAUUUAAAUAUUAAUCUGAAAAAUCACGAAAACGAAGAUACACCAUAA